ACAUACACACACAGGCGCAGCUACGUGUGCCAUCUUGCUUUUUCGUCGGAAAAUUUUUCAGAAAUUACGCCCGAAAAUUACGAAAAAACUGCAACCAAAUGGAGUGAAAAUUUUUUUAAAUUUAAAUUUCGUGCAAACACGUGAAAUAAAGUCGAGUUUGGUAAAAAAUUUGCCGCCAAACGAGCGCUGGAGAAUUUUUUCAUCAAGCCAAAUGGGUGCGAAGCUGACGACGUAAAAAUUUUUGUGUGUACCAACGAAAGAGCGCAGAAAACGGACAGGGCGAGAGCGCAAAGCGGAGAGACCGAGAAACACUCGCGCAGGAAGAAGCAGCAACGACAGUUUUCGCUCUGUGAGUCGGUGUGUGUGCGUGUGCGCGCGUGUGCUGGGAAAAAUGAUGGAAAACUACGAGGAAAUUCGCCUGGGCCACAUUAAGCCCAAGGAUUUGGGCGACCAGGUGUCAGACGCUCCGCAAUUCUAUCCACCGGCCCAGUUUGAUUUUGGCGCCGAAAUUCUGGCCACAACGUCGACCGAGGCGGAGACACCAACAACAGCAACCAGCGAACUCUCUGGCAAAGCAAAUGGUGAAAUCAAAACAAAAACAUUGGCUGCCAGGGAAGAACAAGAAGUUGGCGCCAAUUCAGAGCAAGACACCAAAACUCCUACAAAGUCGUUGGGCGAGGAUGAAGAGGAGGAUGAGGAGGACGAAGAGGACGACGAGGAGGAGGACGACGAAGAGGAGGUUACAGGCACGAGCAACGAGGACGAGGAUUCCAGCUCGGACUGCUCCUCUUCAGUGGAUCCUGACUGGAAGUUGCGCUGGCUGCAAAGGGAGUUCUACACGGGCCGUGUGCCUCGCCAGGUGAUUGCCAGCAUCAUGCCCCAUUUCGCCACCGGAUUGGCGGCUGACACCGACGACUCCGUGCUGUGGGACUACCUGGCCCACCUGUUGAACGAGCCCAAGCGACGCAACAAGCUGGCCUCGGUGAACACCUUUGACGAUGUCAUCAGUUUGGUCAAGAAAUCGCAAAAGAUCAUUGUGCUUACGGGAGCCGGGGUAUCGGUGUCCUGCGGAAUUCCGGAUUUCCGCUCCACCAACGGCAUUUAUGCGCGGUUGGCUCACGAUUUUCCCGAUCUACCCGAUCCGCAGGCCAUGUUCGAUAUCAACUAUUUCAAACGGGACCCGCGACCAUUCUACAAGUUCGCCCGCGAGAUAUAUCCCGGCGAGUUUCAGCCCUCACCCUGCCAUCGGUUUAUCAAAAUGCUGGAGACCAAGGGCAAGCUUUUGCGCAACUACACGCAGAACAUCGACACCUUGGAGCGGGUGGCGGGCAUCCAGCGGGUAAUCGAGUGCCACGGCUCCUUUUCGACAGCCUCCUGCACCAAGUGCCGAUUCAAAUGCAACGCCGACGCCCUGCGAGCGGACAUCUUUGCCCAGCGGAUUCCAGUCUGCCCACAGUGCCAGCCCAACAAGGAGCAGAGCGUGGACGCCUCGGUGGCCGUCACCGAAGAAGAGCUGCGCCAGCUGGUGGAGAAUGGCAUCAUGAAGCCGGACAUUGUCUUCUUCGGCGAGGGUCUACCGGAUGAGUACCACACGGUCAUGGCCACCGACAAGGACGUGUGCGAUCUGCUGAUCGUAAUUGGCUCCUCACUGAAGGUGCGCCCCGUGGCCCACAUUCCCAGUAGCAUCCCGGCCACGGUGCCACAGAUCCUCAUCAAUCGCGAGCAGUUGCAUCACUUGAAGUUCGACGUGGAGCUGCUGGGCGACUCCGAUGUGAUAAUAAACCAGAUUUGCCACAGGCUGUCUGGAAACGACGACUGCUGGCGGCAGCUGUGCUGCGAUGAGUUAGUGCUCAGCGAGAGCAAGGAGCUGUUGCCGCCAGAGCACUAUCACCAUCAUCAUGUCAGCCAUCACCUUCACCACCACCGCCACUGCAGUCCUGCUGCGGAGAUCGAACAGCAAUCGCAACUGGACAUGGAUACACAAUCCCUUAAGUCCAAUGGUUCAGCAGACUACAUUCUGGGCUCGGCUGGCACCUGCUCUGAUAGUGGCUUUGAAUCCUCCACAUUUACGAGUGGAAAACGUUCCACUGCCGCCGAUGCGGCAGCUAUAGAACGCAUCAAAACUGACAUACUGGUGGAGCUGAAUGAGAGCACUGCCCUGAGCUGCGAUCGUUUGGCUGUCGGAGCCCCGCCAACACCGGUUGAAAGCUACCGUCAUCUUUCCAUCGAUUCCUCCAAGGACAGCGGCAUCGAGCAGUGCGACAACGAAGCCACCGGUAGAUAUGUGCGUCCUAGCAUAUUUGUUCAGGAAACAAAGACAGUGGCACCCAGUUUAACGCCCAUUCCUCAUCAACGAGGAAAGCGACAAACAGCGGCCGAGCGCCUGCAACCAGGAACAUUCUACUCCCACACCAACAACUAUUCGUAUGUGUUCCCAGGAGCUCAGGUUUUUUGGAACAACGAUUACAGCGAUGACGACGAAGAGGAGGUAGAGGUAAGAGGCCACAAUAGACACGGCGAUCUUUUUGGUAACGUGGAUGAAGAUGAGGAUGUCUGUGAUCUUAAUGCCGUACCAUUGUCACCAUUGCUUCCGCCUUCGCUGGAGGCCCACAUAGUCACCGAGAUAGUUAAUGGAGCCGACGAACCGCUGCCCAACAGCAGUCCCGGGCAGAAGAGACCCGCCUGCGUAAUUGAACAGCAGGCAACAGUUACCCCCACACCCGCAGUUGUGACGGAAACUCCGCCCUUUAAGAAGCGGCGACCUAGCGAAGACAAUGAGCAGCAGCAGAUCCAUUUAGAAAGAUCGGAGGAGAGUCCUCCUCCAGGACAGUUAGCAGCUGUGUAAGCGUUUUUGUAGUCUUGCUAUUAGUAUAGUAUUUAUUUUAAAUGGGAUUAAACCAGCCUGUAAACACAACAGAAUCAAUGUCCACAGAAGCUCCUAAAUCGAUGCAAAGGCCCAUGUUACCAAUUUAAUUUCCAAGAAACGUAGUGGAAUCGGAAUCGAUAUAAAUAUUACUUUUUACUGGUGUUAAAAGUGUAAACUUUUCUAUUCCGGUUUCAUAGAAUUUCUGAGGAAAGUAACCAGGAGUUAGGACCACUAGUUUAUUCAACUAGAGGCUUUACACAUUUGCCCCUUGUUGCUUUACACCCACCCCUUACGCCCCCUUCCGUUUUGAUAUUUUUGCUAAAGCUCUUACUUUAUUUAUUAUCUCUCUUCAAAACGAAACGCUGUAAAUGUUAGUAUUUUAUUAUAUUAAGUUGUUAUUGAGGCCUUUUUAGAUAAACAACAAGAUUUAAGCGGAAGAUUUUAAAAUCUAGAAAGCAAGGUUUUUUUGUAUUCAAAGAGAAUCAGCGCCUCAACUUUAAAUCUAGGAUUAAGUAUAAAAUUAUCAUAAAAAUGAAACUACAACCAGAUAACAAAACAACACUUCGAUUAAGUUAAGAACUAGACACAAACACUUUGUAUAUAAGCACUCGCCCUUUAUUUGUAUUGUACAUGAUCCUUUUUCUACUUGUUUGUGUUAUUCCUUUCUUUUUAUAUUUCUAUUGGUUAUGGCAACUAUUUUCCAACAUUAGUACAUUCACACACACAUCAGAUUUGAUCGACACUAUAUAUGUGGUCAUUCAGGUUAGAGUCCUGCACAAGUUUACGUUGACUAUGACGUUGUAACAGCUCCUUUCAUAAGCUAUGAUUCCAUUAACUCGUUUCAAACAGCUCAGCUCGAGUAGCUCACAACAAUCAAUCAAGCUUAUAUUACUGAGAAAAAAAAUGAACGUAUACGCUUCCUUAAAAUAACUAAAAUAUUUGAGUUCUUCAGCUUAAGAUAGUCCGAUAUGUUCUUAAAGGCGGAUAUGAAUGCCAACAACAGCGAAAUAAAAAAGUAUCUUUGUAUAAAAAUAAAAUAAGUUAAUUAAUUAAUAACUUCCCGGCUUAUAAAUUCUUUAGAAAUCCACGAAGGAUACCAUUUUCGCGACUAAUGGCAACAGCCCACUUUUAAGAAUAAAUUAGACCUUAUUUAGUGAAGAAUUCACGCUCAUUUUUAGAAGUGAUCAGAAAAAAAAUUUGCGAUACAUAAACAUUAAAUAUAGUAAUAAUUAUAUUUAUAAAUGUAAUAAUAGUAAAAAUACACCCCGAAUUUAAUUGAUCAGUUUGCAUUUUCAACAAGACAUUUCGCCACUCCGAUUGAGCUACUCGAGCGCAGUGGGCUCAAGUUCGAAGAGCUUAUGAUUCGAUCAAAUCGUUUAGCUCAUCGCAAAAACCUGGAAUCUGAGCUAUUUGAAUUUAAAAUUUUUCUGUCAAGUAUACUCGUGAAGGGCUCUAAUACAGAUAUAAAUACAAGUUUGUCAUUGGUGUGCGUGUUUGAAAUGAUUAAUCAAAAACUAGCAUAAAUAAAUAGCCACCAAACGCAGUGUAAACCUAGCAGUAAGAAUUUAGUCUAUAUGUAAUGAAAGUGUAUUAAUCCAAAAUAUAAACCAAUCUAAACAAAA